CAUCAGACGACCGAAAACUUCUCUGAAACACUGUACAAUUCUCAAAUCCGUCUGUUUAGUUAGGGGCUGAGGCAGAAAUUAUCAUAUAUGGGCGACGGAACCGUUGAAUUUAUUUGUGCCCGAGGUUAACUCAGAAUCCAAUGUACAGCAAUCAUCAAAAUAGCUUGAGUACCUGUGAGACUGUUGAUGUCACAACAUCUCUAUGCACUAAAAUUCAUUUCUUCAUCAGAGAGAACUGGAGCUCAUAACAGUUGAGUACUUGAAGUAACCUCAAAGUGCUUGUUUCUUCUCCAGGUGUAAAAAAAGUCUACGAUUGUUCAAGUGAUUGUGGAAAUGACUGACUAAUGAGUCCAUUAUUGCUGUUGAUUGUUACGUUGAAUGUAAAACCCUUGAAAUUAUAAAUAACAGAAAUGGCACUGCGCAAAGGGAAGAGAAAUUUGAAGCUCCAAGUGUCGGAGGAAGCCCCUGUGCCUGUAACACCACCCAGAAACCUCGACAAACGAACCACUAUAACAAUAGGUGAAAAAACAUUCAUUGUUGAGGCUGAUGAUCUUGAAACUCUGUGUGUACUGGGCAGAGGUGCUUAUGGAGUGGUUGAUAAGAUGAAACACAAGCAGAGUGGCACGAUAAUGGCUGUGAAGAGAAUCACAGCAACAGUCAAUACACAGGAACAAAAAAGACUGUUGAUGGACUUGGAUAUUUCAAUGAGAAGUUCAGAUUGUCCAUAUACAGUACAAUUCUACGGAGCAUUGUUUCGAGAAGGCGAUGUCUGGAUAUGCAUGGAAGUGAUGGAUAUGAGUCUAGAUAAAUUUUAUACAAAGGCCUACAAAAAUGGAUGCUCAAUACCUGAGGAUAUUCUAGGAAAAAUAGCUUUUUCAGUAGUUAGUGCCCUUCACUAUCUAUACUCUCAACUGAGGGUAAUACAUAGGGACGUCAAGCCCAGUAACAUUUUGAUAAAUCGUAAGGGUGAAGUCAAAAUCUGUGAUUUUGGAAUCUCUGGAUAUCUCGUUGAUUCUGUCGCUAAAACCAUUGAUGCGGGUUGUAAGCCCUACAUGGCUCCAGAGAGGAUAGACCCAUCAGGCAAUCCUUCCCAGUACGAUAUUCGAUCAGAUGUCUGGUCACUAGGCAUUUCCCUCGUUGAACUAGCGACUGGAAAAUUCCCUUACGAGUCGUGGGGCACACCUUUCGAACAGUUAAAACAAGUUGUCAAGGACGAUCCUCCGAAACUUCCCCCAGGCAAGUUUUCUCCAGCCUUCGAAAACCUCAUCACCAAGUGCUUAAUGAAAGACUAUACAGCCCGUCCAAAUUACAGUCAACUUCUUGAACUAGAUUUCAUCAUAGAACACUCGAAGAAGGACACAAAUGUCGCUGAAUUCGUUGAAAAAAUUUUAGACUUACCAGACUUCGAGUGAAAUAUUCCCACUGACUUGUGCGUACUUUCCAUCAUCACGAGUAAUGAUUAAAAAACCAGUGGAAGAAACAUCCCCCAGCGGAAUAAAAGAGAAUUAAAUAAUAAAUUGUUAGUAUUUGCGUUGAAGCAUAAUACUUUUGUUAUUAGAAUCAUUUUUACAUCGUACUUGUAGUCCUGUGUUCAUUAAGAAUUAUUUUUACAGUUCUAAUAAAUGUUUAUCGUUUUUCUCGGCGAGUUUUUCAAGUAAUCAAAGCACAAUCGAGUCAUAAUAUAGUGUUGUAUAUAAAUCAUAAUAAUUCAUUACGAAAAAUGACAUAAUCCUUAAUCUUGUGUUAAUCCUGAAGUAAAUUAUGUUAUCACAUUUGAUGCUGCAAAGUUGUGAUAAAAAUCAUCUAGGUACAACUUAAUUACAUUUUGAUACGCCUUAUAUAUAGAUUAGUGUAAUAUCAGUGAGUUUGUCAAUAAAGUGGAUGAUUAGUCAAUUAGUCAA